AGAUAUUAUUAGUGUAGAUAAACCAAACAAAUUAGCAAAAAACAUAGCGAGUGCAUAACAGAUAUGCUGCUCCAUCUAAACACCUAGUAGCAGGAAAAUAUGGUAUACUUUCUGUAUAAAGCAAAUAACACAACUUCACAUUCAAACAUGCACAAAAGAUUGGUAUAGUUCCUAGCUUUAGGUACAAUACAACUAAAAUGCCGAUAAUUAUAGGAACUAUAUUAGUGAGAAUGACAUCAUUUUAUAGGAAAUGUGGUUUUCUUCCUCGCUUACUUCAUUUCUUCUUUUGUUGCCAUUUCAUAUAAAACAUGUCCAGCAACCCGGUGGAAAGAAAAAGGAAAAACGUGAAGCUCACAUUUGCAGAUUACCCAGAUUGGGUCUGCAAUGUACAAUUUCUUCUUACAAUUCCACAAUGAAAUCUGUCACAUUAAGCCAAAAUUCUUGUACAAUAUUUCAAAUAUAUGCUUGAUUUAAUAGAACUUUUUGGGUGACAUGAAAUGUAGGCUGCCAAAAAAAAUACUGCUACAUCAGCCAACAACAAAAUUGACACCUACUGAAAGCAAUGAAGGUAUUAUUCUAUUGUACUAUUCAAAGAAGAAACCCCGGGCACGAUAUCCAUUAUAACUAACUGGAGAAGUAGAGGGGAUGGUUACUAUUGGACUUGGGGUGUUUUCUUCAGGUUUUGCAAAAGGUAGCUCCAUGCGAGCUGUAAGUGUGGUAGGUAGAGUUGAGUGUGUUAGGUGAGAGUUGAGUGUGGUAGGUAGAUGCAAGUGUGUUAGGUGAGAGUUGAGUGUGGUAGGUGAGUAUGUUUUUCUCUUCUAUAUAUAGGAGAGUCAUUGUAUACAUUCAAUAAAAAUCAAUAAUAUCAAUCAAUAAUACAUACAAUUUAUCUCUAUCAAUUUAUUUUACAUGGUAUCAGAGCAGGUUUAGAACCUAGUAUUUUCGCUUCCCCGGCGGGCGGCAACCUCACCUUAGCCGCCCGCCGGACCUCAACUUAGUCCGCUAAAAUUUUCUACACAUACCUUGAAAUUUCUUCUAUUUCACCACCAAUUUUCUUCCUUGAAGCUUCCUCUGUUCUCGGCCCAUCCCAGUUGAAACUUCCCAAUUUCUCUCCACUCUCAUUUUCUCUCCUCUCAGUUGCUCAGCUCACUGACGGCGGCUCUCUCACUCCCUUCGGUCUCUACUCACGGUUUUGAAAGAAACUCUCUCUCUCUCUCUCUCUCUCACUCACAACAAUGGCGGGAAAGGGGGCCGACGGCGAAGGGUUAUCGGCGAACCUCGCCGGAAUGUCGAAGAACCAGCUCUACGACAUUAUGUGUCAGAUGAAGACACUGAUUGAACAGAACCAGCAACAAGCGAGGCAAAUUCUCAUCCAAAAUCCUCUCUUGACUAAAGCUCUUUUCCAGGCACAAAUUAUGCUUGGAAUGGUGCAACCCCCUCAAGCAAUUCCAAAUAUCCAAUCAACUGUAACGCAGCCUCCUACACAACAACCAGUGCAGCCAGCUCAGCAAACAAAUGUUCAGGCUACUCAUGCAUUGCCAGGACAAAAUGGCUUGCAGGACCAAACUAGCGCGCCUCAGAUUCCAAAACCUCCACCAUCUGAAUUCGUGAAUGCAUCUCGGUGGUACAAUCACAUUGAAGCUCUUCUUAGAAUUUCUGGUGUUUCUGGGGAAGGUUGUGGUGUCCACCUCAACAAACUCCACUCAUUCCCUUCGUCAAACAAGUGGUCUAAGCAAAAGUGCGAUAAAAAAAAAAAAAAAAACCUGCUGACAGGAAGCAUGGGAGCCUCACCAUAUCUCUAGCAACUUUUUAUUCAUUUUAUAAUAAUAAUAAUAAUUAUUAUUAUUUUCUCUCCACUCAAGGACACCCACCAAUUUGUCAACUUUCCCACCAUUUCGUAUGAUGAAAGGAGGAGACAGCACAUGGAG